CUGGACCACAGAGAGGCUGAGCACACACCGAGCGGCGCCAUGCAUGAUUCUCGGACUAACCGCUAGCCAACAGAAAUGCCUCCCGAAGACCUCGACUCAGCCCGAAAUGUUCGGCCCGGGGCACACGCCGUCGUAUUAUUUCACUGAUACAAGAUGUGAAAAGGGGCUGGUUGCGCUGAAAUGGCGAGGUUUUGACUCUCACUUUUCCGUUUCGCACGGUGUAGCGUGGCAGAGGCAGUGGAUCGUUUCCAAAGUUGUCGGUUAGCAGGGCGCGUGUGAAGGAUUGGAAUUAAAGGCGCAGUGCACCCGGUGUAGCCGCAAACAUGGAGAAGGAGCAGAGCGACUUGGACCGAGACCGGCAGUACUGUGAACUUUGUGGGAAAAUGGAGAACCUCCUCAGGUGCGGUAGGUGCCGGAGCUCCUUCUACUGCAGCAAGGAGCACCAGAAACAGCACUGGAAGAAGCACAAGCUCAUUUGUAAGGAGGCGGACAGAGCGGCGCAGCUUCCCAAACAGAAGCCCGAGCAGGCUCCGGCGUCGGGGGACAACAAGGCACCGGAGAAAUCCCGAGAAAAGAAAAGCCCCGAGCCGGCGGACCGUGCCGCAACCACGAACACGGAGGCACCCGGUGGGGUCGGUGACAGACCGGGAGAGGACGGUUCAAACAACACCGCCACACCUAACGGACAAACCAGCUCAUCCCCUCAGAAACUUGCCAUGGAGUACAUCGUCCCGUGUAUGAACAAGCACGGCGUCUGCGUGGUGGACAACUUUUUAGGGGCAGAGAUUGGACUGGGCAUUUUGGAGAACGUCAAGGCGCUGCACAAGACGGGCAAGUUCACAGACGGACAGCUGGUCAGUCAAAAAAGCGAAACAAGUAAAGACAUCCGAGGGGACAAAAUCACGUGGAUAGAGGGGAGGGAAGCCGGCUGCGAGAAGAUCCGCUUUCUAAUGAGUCGCAUGGACGACCUGAUCAGACAUUGUAACGGCAAACUGGGAAACUACACAAUAAAUGGAAGGACAAAAGCAAUGGUGGCGUGUUACCCUGGAGAUGGGACAGGAUACGUGCGCCAUGUGGAUAAUCCCAAUGGCGAUGGACGUUGUGUCACAUGCAUAUAUUACCUUAAUAAAGAUUGGAAUGCCAAGGAACACGGUGGCCUUCUUCGAAUCUUCCCAGAAGGAAAGGCCCAGUUUGCCGACAUAGAGCCCAAAUUCGACCGUCUGCUCCUCUUCUGGUCGGACAGACGGAACCCUCACGAGGUCCAGCCCGCCUUCGCCACCAGGUAUGCCAUCACGGUGUGGUAUUUUGACGCAGAUGAGCGAGCCAGAGCUAAAGAAAAGUACUUAACAGGUGCAGGAGAGAAAGGAGUAAAGGUUGAACUCGACAAACCAUCGGAUCCCAGCUAGUGGGAACCCCUGCGUCUCCCACAAACAGCCAUUAAGUGCUCUGUCCUAAGAAAGUGGCCUAUAGAGAGCAAGUGUGUGCGUGUGUGUGUGAGAGAGUGUGUGUUUUACAAGGUAACACAGCAGACUUUUGCUCAAGUGGGUGGAAGAUCCAUGCUCGUGGAGACAAAACAAAUACACAGUGAUUUCUGAUAAUUUUCAGCAAACCGGGGCAACUCAGCGGACCUUGAAUGUCAUGACAUUGUACUGAAAGGGAUUGUGUUUUUUUUUUGUUUGUUUGUUUUUUUUUCCUUCAGAGGAGAAUGCUUACAUUAUAGCUGACAUUUUCAGAACAUCACUUCAAACAGGAAUUAAGCUCAGAGAGAAUCUACAUCUUUUGCAUAUAGAUUUUUUUUUUUUGCAGUUAAUUCCUUAAAGGUACAGUGUUCUGCAUAUGCUUAAUGUGUUAUGGUUUUCACAUGGAAUCAGCUGUUAUAAGCUACUGUAUGGCAAAAUGUGCUUCAGUUUGCAACAAUACGAGGAAUGAUAUGAAUUAAAAACACCCUUUUUCUGACAGAA